AGGGCCUUUGGAAGGGCCGCUAGACGAGGGUAGGUGGACACGUGCAAUCUUUGCCGGUAGAUAUUUCCCUUGCCCGUGAAGGGAUACUCUUCCUACUUUGUAGGAAAGGAAAGCAGGUUUGUGCCAACAUUCCUACAUAGUCUUGUUUCGCUUCGAAUCGAAUUUGUGGUGUUUUGAGCUGUUUCUGUACCCUCGCCCCCCGGCCAUAGUGGGUGAAGGGGUUGGUACAGUCCAAGCACACCGCCUGGUGCCACUGUUUUUCUGGGUCAAUCGCUAUUUUUAGAAUAGGUGGCAUUCCGGGGCUCUAAAAGGGGUUUCUGGAGACCCUAGAAGGAACCUUCCAUAUACUCCACAGAGAAAUAGACUGAUUUUGGACUAGGCAAAAUGAGGAGAGACAACUCAAUUUGCGUUACGUAUACCGCUCAGAAAGACAAGCUAUCUGAGCAGGAGACCUGGGCACUCCUGGACUCUGUGGGGAUACCUACAUCCAGUCUCCAGACAGUGCAAGCGCUGAACGCUACGUCUUUUGAUUUGACCUUCCGUACGCUUCACGAUAGAAAGUUGUAUGGGGGUAAACUCUCGGCACUACAGUACUUAGAUGUCCGUGUGUACGGAAGUGCUGAGACAGUCGUCACAGCAACCCGUAUACCGGACGAGUUUGAUGACAAUCACGUACGGCACUGGCUAUCCCGUUAUGGACAGGUCCUGGCUUCCCGUAUGACCACCUACAGGGACAGACCUACUGUCCGUAAUGGGAACAGGCAGUACAAGGUUAUACUCAAACCAGGGGCAAACAUCCCGUCCUCUUGGAGGUUAGCAGACGGUCGGUUAGCCUUUUUCCGGUAUGUCGGACAACAAAGAACAUGUCUGAAAUGUUACCAGGAAGGGCACGAGGCAGCACAAUGUACUGUCAUCUUCUGUAACAAAUGCCAACUGAUUGGGCAUACCUCUGCGGAAUGCAGCAAUCAAGUAGUCUGUAAUCAGUGCGGCAAGGAGGGACACACCGCACGUCGGUGCCCCACGUCAUAUGCCAACAAACUGCUGCCUGACAAUAAGUGGACCAGCGGUCCGGCUGCUGAGGCAACCGUGGCCAGUGCUAAGACCCCUGGUCAGAGUGAGCAGUCUCAAGUAAACGAGACUGUCUCCAGUGGUAAGAGUCAGAGUGAGCAAACAAACGAGACUGACUCCAGCGACUCUGGGUCGGAGGAGAGCGGGGAAGAUGAUUCCGCCGAGGAAUUUGCUUCCUCUGACGAACUGACGGAGAAAGAAAGGGAGCUGCUUCUUGAAGCAACCCAACCAUCUCCGAGCUCUGCGGAGCGCAUUGAACCAAACGGGGAGCAAGAAACAGCCCAUCCUCGCAACAAGAAGCGCAAGAAGCGCAAGGGCAAGGCCAAAAAUGGCCGCAAACAGAACAACGAGGUCGAAGAGUCUCAGAGUCAGACACCAGUCAAAAAUGUGGUGGCCAAGAAGAAGGCCCCCACAUACUGGAGACCCGUCAUCUGACGCGAUGGAAGUCGACCAGCAGACCUCUAAAAGGCCUGCGCCUUCCGACGAAGAAGUCAGCCCAAAAAGAAAGAGUGAGCCGUCGACAGUAACGAAGGGCCCUCAUAGUCCCGGUUACGACCUUCCCUUAUCAGGAGAGCUAGCCAUCGACGAGUUCACGUCAUCUGGAGAAUCUCUAUAAUGAUGCCCCAAAAUAUGCAUAGGCUCAAUGCCUUCUUUAUGUUAACGAUGGUGGUUAUAGCAACCUUAAACGUUUGCGGGAUGCGCAAUCCCAACAAACGCAAACAGGUAUACGACUAUUGCAGACAACACAAAUUUGAUAUUGUUUGCCUGCAAGAGAGUCACAUUACCCAUGUGGAUGAAACUACUAAGUGGGAAAAGGAAUGGGGAGGGCAGGCCCUAUGGAGCCUUGGUACGCCCAAUUCUAGA